GGCAGCGGGGCCGAGCCGGGGCGCCUCGGGGAGUGUCACCUCCGUGUCCCGCCCCGGCGAGCCGUGCCGGGGUCCCGGGGCAGCGGCGCAGCCUCCGUGGGGGCGGAGGUGCAGCGCCAUCAAUAUUGCAGCAGGUGAAUGCUCCUGCCGAGGACGGCGGCGGCGGCCGUGACCCGGCGGGCAGUGCCGGGGCUCUUCUGCCAGAGGCCCCCGCCGGACCCUCGGGAGCCUUCCCCAGCGCCUGCCCAGUCUGUGCCCCUGGCUGAGGAGAGCAGCAGCGUUGGCUGGAGGGCGCUGGCAGCAUGAGCUCGGAGCGGGACUCGGAGACCACUCUGGAUGAGGACUGGCAGCCCAACGACGAGGAGGUGCCCUACAGCGACGACGAGACGGAGGAGGAGCCUGGCAGCGGGCAGCCCGCGGGCGAGCCGGGGCAGUGCCCUGCCAAGGGGCACGGCCGGGAGGGCUGCCAGGCGCUGCGGAGAGAGGGCGGCUGGCAGGUGAGGGCCAACGAUCGGCGCUUCCAUGAGCAGCCUCGCUCCCAGACGAGAGCCUUCCUCUGCCUCCGCCGGAGCAAGUACGCGGGCAAUGCCAUCAAGACCUACAAGUACAACCCCAUCACGUUCCUGCCCCUCAACCUCCUUGAGCAGUUCAAGAGAGCAGCCAACUUCUACUUCUUGGUGCUUCUCGUCCUGCAGUCCGUGCCCCAGAUCAGCACCCUGUCCUGGUACACCACGCUGGUGCCCCUGCUGCUGGUGCUGGGCAUCACUGCCGUCAAAGACCUGGUGGACGACAUCGCUCGCCACAGGAUGGACCGCGAGGUGAACAACAGGAGCUGCGAGGUCAUCAGGGACGGCAGGUUCAAGCCCAGCAAGUGGAAGGAUGUGCAAGUGGGGGACAUCAUCCGCCUGCGGAAGAACGCUCUGGUGCCCGCCGAUGUGCUGCUGCUCUCCAGCUCGGAGCCCAACAGCCUCUGCUACGUAGAGACUGCUGAGCUCGACGGAGAGACCAACCUGAAGUUCAAGAUGGCCCUGGAGGUGACACACAGGCACCUUCAGGAGGAGGGUGCCAUGGCAGCCUUUGACGGGCUGGUGGAGUGUGAGGAGCCCAACAACAGGCUGGACAAGUUCGCAGGGGCCCUGGUGUGGAGGCACAGGAGCUACCCCCUGGACGCCGACAAGGUGCUGCUGCGGGGCUGCCGGAUCAGGAACACAGACUUCUGCCACGGCAUGGUCAUUUUCGCAGGUGCUGACACAAAGAUCAUGAAGAACAGCGGGAGGACGAGGUUCAAGAGGACCAAGAUCGACUCCCUGAUGAACUACAUGGUCUACACUAUCUUUGUUGUGCUGAUCCUGCUGUCGGCCGGGCUGGCCAUCGGCCACACCUACUGGGAGCAGCAGGUGGGCAACGCUUCCUGGUACCUGUACGACGGGCAGGACAGCAGCCCUCCCUACCGCGGCUUCCUCGCCUUCUGGGGCUACCUGAUCGUGCUCAACACCAUGGUGCCCAUUUCCCUCUAUGUCAGCGUGGAAGUGAUCCGCUGGGGCCAGAGCUGCUUCAUCAACUGGGACCUGCAGAUGUACUGCCCCGAGCGGGACACGGCUGCCAAGGCCAGGACCACCACCCUGAACGAGCAGCUGGGGCAGGUGGGCUACAUCUUCUCAGACAAGACGGGCACCCUGACCCAGAACGUCAUGGCCUUCAAGAAGUGCUGCAUCCGCGGGCACCGAUACGGAGACUGCCGGGACGCGGCGGGGCAGCCGCAGAGCCACCCAGAGCAGGUGGACUUCAGCUGGAACGAGCAUGCGGAUGGCAAGUUCCUGUUCUACGACCACUGCCUGAUCGAGCAGCUGAGGAGUGGGAAGGAGCCGGAGCUGCAGCAGUUCUUCCUCCUGCUGGCAGUCUGCCACACCGUCAUGGUGGACACCUGCGACGACACAGGCCAGCUGAGCUACCAGGCUGCCUCCCCGGACGAGGGGGCGCUGGUGACGGCUGCCAGGAACUUCGGGUACGUGUUCCUGUCGCGCACGCAGAGCAGCAUCACGGUCAGCCAGAUGGGGCUGCGGAGCACCUACCAGGUGCUGGCCAUGCUGGACUUCACCAGCGACAGGAAGCGCAUGUCCGUCAUCCUGCGAGGGGCAGACGGCCGCAUCAGGCUGUACUGCAAGGGGGCCGACACGGUGAUCUACGAGCGGCUGCACCCCCGCAGCCCCCAGAGGGAGGCCACGCAGGAGGCCCUGGAUGUCUUCGCCAGUGAAACCCUGCGCACGCUGUGCCUGUGCUACAGGGACAUCAGCCAGGGCGAGUUCGAGGCCUGGCAUCGCAGCUUCCUGGAGGCCAGCCUGGCGAAAUGCCACCGGGAGCAGGCCCUGGACAGGGUCUACGAGGAGAUAGAGAAGGACCUGAUUCUGCUCGGUGCCACUGCUAUUGAAGACAAGCUACAGGAUGGAGUUCCAGAGACCAUUUCCAGGCUUUCCAAAGCAGACAUCAAGAUCUGGGUGCUGACUGGUGACAAGAAAGAGACUGCUGAGAAUAUUGGCUUUGCCUGCGAGCUGCUGACAGAGGAAACCACCAUCUGCUACGGAGAGGACACCAGUGCACUGUUGCAGCGCAGGCUGGAGGAGCAGAGGCACAGAGCUGGCUCGGCUGCACCUUCCUCCCUCGGCAUGAAGGAGCCCUUCUUCCAGGACAGCAGAGAUCGAGCCUUGAUCAUCACUGGCUCCUGGCUGAACGAAAUCCUGCUGGAGAAGAAAAAGAAGAGGAAGAAACUGAAGCUGAAGUUCCCUCGGACGGCAGAGGAGAAGCAGAAGCAGCUGGAGAAGAGGAGGAGGGCGGAGGCGGAGAAGGAGCAGCGGCAGCAGAACUUCGUGGAGCUGGCCUGCGAGUGCCGCGCGGUCAUCUGCUGCCGCGUCACGCCCAAGCAGAAGGCCACGGUGGUGGAGCUGGUGAAGAGGUACAAGAAGGCCAUCACCCUGGCCAUUGGGGACGGCGCCAACGACGUCAGCAUGAUCAAGACUGCCCACAUUGGGGUUGGCAUCAGCGGCCAGGAGGGGAUGCAGGCUGUCAUGUCCAGCGACUACUCCUUCGGGCAGUUCCGCUACCUGCAGAGGCUGCUGCUGGUGCACGGCCGCUGGUCCUACAUCAGGAUGUGCAAGUUCCUCAGAUACUUCUUCUACAAGAACUUUGCCUUCACGCUGGUGCACAUCUGGUACUCCUUCUUCAACGGCUUCUCUGCCCAGACAGCCUACGAGGACUGGUUCAUCACGCUCUACAACGUGCUCUACUCCAGCCUGCCGGUGCUGCUCGUGGGGCUGCUGGACCAGGACGUGAGCGACAGGCUGAGCCUGCGCUUCCCCAGGCUGUACGUGCUGGGGCAGAGGGAUUUGCUCUUCAACUACCAGAAGUUCUUCCUGAGCUUGCUGCACGGAGCCGUCACCUCCUUGGUCGUGUUCUUCAUUCCCUACGGUGCCUACCUGAAGAGCAUGGGCCAGGACGGGGAGGCGCCCUCAGACUACCAGUCCUUCGCAGUCACCGCCGCCUCCUCGCUCGUCUUCGUCGUCAACCUGCAGAUCGGGCUGGACACGUCCUACUGGACCUUCGUCAACGCCUUCUCCGUCUUCGGCAGCAUCGCCCUCUACUUCGGCAUCACCUUCGACUUCCACAGCGCCGGCAUCCACCUGCUCUUCCCUUCUGGCUUCCAGUUCACGGGAGCGGCUCCCAACGCGCUGCGGCAGCCCUACCUCUGGCUGACCAUGAUCCUGUCCGUGGCCGUCUGUCUGCUGCCUGUGCUGGCUCUGCGCUUCCUCUGCACCACCCUUUGGCCGCUGGACAGCGACACAGUGCGGCGGCAGCGCAGGAAGCUCCUGGCCGAGGAGCAGCAGUGGCGGCGGCGGCCGAGCUCGCUGCGCCGGGGGGUGUCCGCCCGCCGCUCCGCCUACGCCUUCUCGCACCAGCGAGGCUACGCCGACCUCAUCGCCUCGGGCCGCAGCCUGCGCAAGCGCCGGGCGCCGCUCGAUGCCGUGCUGGGCAGCGCGGCCCCCGGGGAGGCUCCCGGCACCGGCUGAGCCUGGCGCGGACCGGCUUCGUGCCCGGGCUCCGCACGGCAGCGCCCGGCUUCGGGCGCGCUGGGACUUGAGCCGGCGGCAGAGCCUGCCAGGGCCUUGGUGGCUGCCGCGGCGCCGCCGGGCCGGGCGCUGCGGGCGGCUCUCUGCGCUGUGCGGGGCGCCCUGUGCGGGGCUGGCAGAGCGCAGCCUUGGCAGUGGCUCUGCCGGUGCCGCUCCUCGCCUCGCCGUGCUGCUCAGCAGGGCCCCGCUGGCACGGCAGCCUGGGCUGUGGCAGAGUGUUGGGCACCCAUGUCCUUACUGCUCUGGGUCCUCUGCCUUUCUGCACCAGCUGCCUGCAGCCUGCUGUGCUGUAGGAGAGGUGGCUGGCAGCAUCCCCGUGCUGCUGCCCCAGCCCUGCUGCCCCAGCCAGCUCCUGGACUUCCCCUGCAGCAGAGAUGCCCAAACCAGGAGUUGGCAGCUCCCUGUCUCUUGCUCUUCGCAGCUCUGCCUGCCUCUCCCCGGCCGUCUGUCUGUCUGUAUUUAUGAGCUGAUCUCCGGGGGCUGCCCCUUCAGCUGGCAGCGCUGACUGCAUUGCAGGGCGAGCCAACCUGGAGGGCAUGACCUGCACAGGGUCCCCUUUAGGUGGAAGAGGCUUCCCUCAGCUGCCAGUCAGUCCUCACUGUGUAAAGUGCCGUCGGGGGAGGCUCUCCACACUUGCACGUGCCCUUCCAGUCGGGGGUGCGAGUGCUGCGCUCAGCCUGCCCCCUCUGGUUCCUGAGGUGGUCCUCUAGUCCCAGCCCUGCCCUGCAGCUCCGGCGUAGUGCAGUGAUGUACAUUUCAAGAGUGUCAUGCAAAUAAAGGUUUUAAUGUUUA